UGUGGUCACUGCUGUCCCUGACAUAAAUGCAGUCCCCAGAUAUUCCUUUAUUUUGUACUAUGGGUGAGUGAGGUUCUUUGGGCCUUUAUAAGCUGGCCAGCAAAACCGUAACUGCAAUUAUAGUAUCCAGUUUCCACUUCAUACCCCAAAUUCAAACAGCUAAGCAGGGGUUUCAGAUGGAAGUAUUCAGGUUUCGGCUAGGGAAUGAUAGCUUGGUAAGUAAUUACUGUUUACAGUGUAACUGGCACAUUUAACUGUCAAUGUGACAUGGACUCUUUUGCCAGGUCUACAUUACUACAUGCAUUGAGAAGGCAAGGCAAUGUCUGCCCCUCCUGAUGCUGAGCACAAGGCUUGCGCAUUCUCUGGCAAUAGGUAUGUUCCUGUGACCCUAAAAUGGUACAGUGCUGAUGAGAUGUGAUUACUUUAUGACAUUAUGAUCUCUUCCCAGAUGGGCUGCUGCAUAUGGCUUUUAUUAUAAUUUUUUUUUGUUUUGUUUGUUUUCAUUUGUUUAUUUAAGCCAUAUUGUUAUAAAUAAGAGCGGCCCCACUUUAAUUAAGCUGCCUUUAUGUUUGUUUUGCAGCUCACAAUAAAUGUCCUGUGGCAACACAAGACAUUUCAGUUUUUUAUAUUUCUUUUUUCACGUCCUCAAUCAAGGACUAAAAUUACAUUUCAGUUCUAUGUUUGGCAAAUUGCUUAGGUAGGUCAUGUGACCUAGACAAUUAAGAGCAUUAAGCACUUGGUCCAAUCAAAUGCAAGGGGCAGUAAAAUUCUAAUUGCUGUCAUCUGUUAGGCAGCCCAAUUAGUAACUCAACAGGCUCAGAAGAAAAUCAGGAUGUUUAGAAAUGCUUGAAUACCUGUCUGCAUAAAUAGGAGGUGCUCUGAGAGUACUGGUAUAUUGGCACUUGUCUGUUAGCAACAAUGGGUUUCAAACAAGUGGGCUUUGCAGUGCUGUUGUUAUUGGCAGUUGGGUUUUCAGCAGCACAAUGGCCAGGAUUGAGGAAUGUUCCUGCUGGAGUUCACCCUAACAAGCCAGGUCACCCUUCACUGCAAAUGAGUGCUGGAUUGCCUUCUCAGUGGGUACAAAGUGGAAGCCCUGCUGUAGCCCCACUUGGGCUGCAUCUUCAGAAUCCUUCAGAUGCUCAAGCCCAGCCAGUGAAGAAACUGACUUGGCGUUUUCCAGCAGCACCACAAAUCCCAACCCCACCAGCAGCACCACAAAUCCCAACACCAGUGCACUUAGCAACACCAUCUGAAGCUGCUCCUACCCAGGGUGUAACGGCAAGGUGCAAUGAGUCUGCAGUGUACGUAGAGGUGAGAAAAGACCUGCUUAGUACCAGUGCACCCCUCAAUAUUACUGCUCUCACACUGGGAGGCUGUGCUGCCAAAGGGGUGGAUGUUUCUUCUCAAGUCCUUGUGUAUGAAUCCCCAUUGCAUGGCUGCAACAGCAAGUUGACCGUGACUACAAAUGAGCUGGUCUAUAUCUUCAACCUUAGUACUGCUUCGGCUCCUUUAAGUAGUAGUCCCAUUCUAAGGAGUGCUGCUGUUAAGAUUCUCAUUGAGUGUCACUAUCUGAGAUUCCACAAUGUGAGUAGCAGUGCUCUCCUGCCUGCUUGGAUUCCAUAUGCCUCUGCCCAAGGUGCUGAGGAACAUCUUGUUUUCUCCUUGAGGCUCAUGAUGGAUGACUGGAUAUCUGAAAGACCUUCCGACUACUACUACCACCUGGGUGAGCUUAUAAAUGUUGAGGCAUCGGUGGUGCAGUUCAACCAUGUGCCUCUGCGUGUCUUUGUAGACAGCUGUGUCACCACUGCUGUCCCUGAUAUAAAUGCCGUCCCCAGAUAUUCCUUCAUUGAGAACCAUGGGUGCUUGGUGGAUGCCAAGCUUACGCAGUCCAAUUCCCACUUCAUGCCCCAAACUCAAGCAGCUAAACUGGGGUUUCAGGUGGAGGCAUUCAAGUUUCAGCAAGUGACCAGUAGCUGGGUCUACAUUGCAUGCAUCUUGAAGGCAACAGCAGCAUCUGCCCCUGCUGAUGCUGAGCACAAGGCUUGUUCCUUUUCAGGCAAUAGAUGGACUGCUGCAUAUGGUGCUGACCAGGUAUGCAGUUGUUGCAGCAGCAGCUGUGGUUUGAGGAAGGGACGUGAUCUGUCAUCAGGGCAAGGUAUUUGGGAGAACCAUGUUUAUGUAAUCGGUCAUCAUGCUAUAUGACCUGAACUGCCACUACACAACCCCUGAUUCUGUUGUGGUUUUGUACCCUGCUCAUGCAUUUUCUUUCAUUUGCAGGCUUGC